AUGAACAAAUUAUUUAUUUUUAUUUAUAAUGUUAUAUCAGACGUUACAGCAAAACCCCAAGACAGCAGUAGCAGCAGUUGUACCCAUAACAGUCUCAGCAGCAGCAGUGCCAGCAGUAUCCAUAACAACCGCAGCAGCAGCUUUAGCAGUACCCAUAACAGCCCCAGCAGCUAUACUCAUAACUGCCCCAGCAGCUCCAGCAGUAUUCAUAACAGCCCCAGCAGCUAUACUCAUAACUGCCCCAGCAGCUCCAGCAGUAUUCAUAACAGCCCCAGCAGCUAUACUCAUAACUGCCCCAGCAGCUCCAGCAGUAUUCAUAACAGCUCCAGCAGCAGCUGCAGCAAUACCCACAUCAGCAGCUAA